CGCUUCCUGUUCCUACUUCCGUUGCCAUGUAGCUGUGUGCUGCCUGCCUGUCAGUGUAUAGGGGGAAGCACAGGCUGAGCACACCGGCGCUACGAUCAGGUGUAUGUAGAUCGGGAGCAGCACCGGGGAGGUCCGAUCCUCCAUCACAGGUCCCCGAGGGAUGGACACCGUCCAGAUGAGACACAAUCCGAGGAGGCAAUUAAAAAAGUUGAGUGAAGACAACUUGAAUAAGCAGCCUGAAGAAGUUUUUGAUGUGCUGGAGAAACUUGGCGAAGGGUCCUAUGGCAGUGUUUUUAAAGCCAGCCAUAAAGAAACAAGCCAGAUUGUGGCAAUUAAGCAGAUUCCAGUAGAGUCAGAUCUUCAAGAAAUCAUUAAGGAAAUCUCCAUUAUGCAGCAAUGUGACAGCCUUCAUGUUGUGAAGUAUUAUGGCAGCUACUUUAAAAAUACUGACCUGUGGAUUGUGAUGGAGUAUUGUGGAGGAGGAUCAGUCUCUGAUAUCAUUCGACUAAGAAAAAAAACAUUGAAAGAAGAUGAAAUUGCGACGAUAUUGCAGUCAACUCUGAAAGGAUUGGAGUACCUUCAUUUUAUGCGAAAAAUACACAGAGACAUCAAGGCCGGGAACAUACUACUGAAUUCUGAGGGGAUUGCUAAACUGGCAGAUUUUGGAGUAGCCGGUCAGUUGACCGACACCAUGGCGAAAAGAAACACUGUAAUCGGCACUCCAUUUUGGAUGGCUCCAGAGGUGAUCCAGGAGAUCGGAUAUAAUUGUGUUGCAGAUAUUUGGUCACUUGGUAUAACUGCCAUUGAAAUGGCUGAAGGGAAGCCUCCAUAUGCCGAUAUUCAUCCCAUGAGGGCAAUUUUUAUGAUCCCAUCAAACCCUCCACCAACGCUACGGAAACCAGAGCUUUGGUCAAAGCAAUUCAUAGAUUUUAUUAACCAGUGUUUAGUUAAGAACCCUGAGCAAAGAGCCAGUGCAACUGAACUUCUACAGCACCCAUUUGUGAAAACAACCAAAGGAGCAGCCAUCUUACGACAUUUAAUAAAUGAAGCCAUGGAGGCACAGAUCAUACGGAACGAACUACAGCAGCGUGAACUGGAAGCUGAAGAGGAAGAAAAUGCGGAUGAUGAUGAUGAACCAGAUUCUGGGACAAUGGUCAAUGCGCGAGGCAGAGACAUGGGCACAAUGCAGGAGUUUAGUACCAUGAAUGAAGAAGCUGCUAACACAAUGUUGGAAAAUGAACAUCUGACGACCCAGCUUGGCACCAUGUUAAUAAACAAGGAUGAUGAGGAGGAGGAGGAAUCUGGCACUAUGAAACAAAGCAGUCAACCUGAACAGCCUUCCAAACCAUCAUUCAUGGAGUAUUUUGAGAAGAAUGAGAGCCAGUUGGGUGCCACAGAAAAGAGCAGUGCAGUAGAGUCUCCCAGUUCCUUUGAAUGGAAGAUACCCCUGAAUGGAGACUACAGCUUUUUAAAAGACUGGAGUGUUGAUGAACUCCAGACGAAACUAAACGAACUGGAUCCAAUGAUGAAUCGGGAAAUUGAAGAAAUUCAUCAAAGAUACCAAUCGAAGCGGCAGCCUAUACUAGAAGCCAUUGAUUCCAAAAAACGAAGGCAGCAAAAUUUUUAAGCUUAGCCAUGGAAGAACACAUGGGACAAACUCUACGUUUCCAGGGGCUCAGCUUUUCAUCAACACAACAAGAAGUUGAGUUGCUCUAGAAAAAAUGAACCUCAUUUCCUGGGUUGAGAAGUGGAGGCCGGUAUUUCUCAUCUUGCGCCUAAGCCUUCUGGAGAACUGAGUGCAUCACCUUAUUCCCAACUGUCUCUACCAUGUCUUCACAAUCUUUUCUGCCCUACGUAUAGACCUUGGCCACUUAUGCUGUAGACUUAGCCCCCCUCUUGGUCAGUCACCAUGUCUGAAGGCAGGACCAUUUCACAGUCAGAAAAUCUCUAGGUACGAGGAGCUAGAUUUUUAACUCUAGGCCAGAUGCAGUUUUUUGGAGAGUAUUUGUAGUUAACUUACUUUAGAAUAUUACUUUUUUUUGUGUUUUUUUUUUUAAUACCAUCUUAAAUAUGACUUGACUUUUAUAUUUUGUAAUAUAUAACUUUUGUGUUUUUUUUUAUUGCUAAAUAUUUUAUAUUUUGGAGAUGAGUCUUAUUGAUUUUCAUUCGGAUGUAUAGAAUUUAUUAAGAUUAAAACAAUGUUUUGUGUAUGAAA